GCUGCAGAUAAACCUCCAGAUUCAGCUUCAAGCUUGACGCAAGAGCUCCACACAGUUAACUAAGCAACACGGCAAUGAGCGCAGACUCUGUCAAAGCUGGCGUCCCCAAUGGCACCAGCCAUGCCAGUGAUUUGAUGCUGCCCUCUGAAGUGAAGAUGGAGGAGAGGGGUCAGUGGAGCAACAAGUUGGAGUUUGUCCUGUCAGUCGCCGGCUCCAUCAUCGGCCUGGGCAACAUGUGGCGGUUCCCUUAUCUCUGCUACAAGAAUGGGGGAGGUGCAUUCCUCAUCCCUUACCUGAUCUUCCUGUUUACUUGUGGUGUUCCUGUCUUUCUCCUGGAGGUAGCGCUGGGUCAGUACACCAGCGAGGGAGGCAUUACCUGCUGGAGAAAAAUCAGUCCUUUGUUUGAAGGUCUUGGCUAUGGCACCCAGGUGAUAGUGACUCUGCUGAACUUCUACUACAUCAUCGUUCUGGCCUGGGGGAUUUUCUAUCUGUCUUUCUCUUUCUCUUGGGACCUGCCUUGGUCUUCCUGCAACAAUACAUGGAACACAGAAAACUGUGUGGAGUUUCAGAGAAGAAACACCUCAACUAACCAGUCAAUCAACCUAAAUACCACCUCUCCUGUCAUCGAGUUCUGGGAGAGAAGAGCACUAAGGAUUUCCCCGGGCAUUGACCAAAUGGGGUCUCUGAACUGGGACCUGUCCCUGUGUCUGUUCAUCGCUUGGGUCAUGUGCUACUUCUGCAUCUGGAAGGGGGUGAAAUCCACUGGAAAGGUGGUCUACUUCACUGCGACCUUCCCCUAUGUGAUGCUGAUUGUGCUCUUAAUCAGAGGACUCACCCUGCCAGGUGCUGGAAUCGGGAUUCAGUUCUACCUUUACCCUGAUUUGGGGCGAUUGGCAGACCCACAGGUGUGGAUGGAUGCUGGCACACAGAUCUUCUUCUCCUAUGCCAUCUGUCUGGGGUCGCUGACCGCUCUGGGCAGCUACAAUAAAUAUAAUAAUAACUGCUAUAGAGACUGCCUGGCACUGUGCUUUCUGAACAGUGGCACCAGUUUUGUGGCAGGCUUUGCAAUCUUCUCCAUCUUGGGUUUCAUGUCUUAUGAGCAGAAUGUCCCCAUCUCUGAAGUGGCAGAAUCUGGCCCUGGCCUGGCAUUCAUAGCUUACCCGCGUGCUGUGUCCAUGAUGCCCUUGUCUCCUUUGUGGGCGGCCCUCUUCUUCAUCAUGAUUGUUUUUCUGGGGCUGGACAGCCAGUUCGUGUGCGUCGAGAGCCUCGUGACGGCCAUCGUCGACAUGUACCCAGCCGUGUUCCGUCGAAAGAACCGCCGGGAGCUCUUCCUGUUAGUGGUGGUCCUGGUCUCCUUCCUCAUGGGCCUCGUCAUGCUGAUGGAGGGAGGCAUGUAUGUUUUCCAGCUCUUUGAUUACUACGCAGCCAGUGGCAUGUGUCUUCUCUUCAUGUCCAUCUUUGAGACAGUUUGCAUUGCGUGGGUCUAUGGAGCGGAUCGCUUUUACGAUAACAUUGAGGAUAUGAUUGGCUACCGGCCAGGACCUUAUAUCAAGUACUGUUGGUUGUUCUUCACCCCAGCCACGUGCGUUGGCACCUUUGCAUUCUCCCUCAUUAAAUACACUCCUUUGAAGUACAACAAUGAGUAUGUGUACCCGUGGUGGGGGUAUGUCAUCGGCUGGCUGCUCGCUCUCUCCUCUAUGGUCUGCAUUCCACUUUGGAUGGUUUAUAAGAUCAGCACCACUCAGGGGACACUCAAAGAGCGCAUCCAGUUGCUUAUCAGACCAUCUGAUGAUUUACCUAAAACCAAGAGGGAGCAGGAUAGGUUACUGGCCAUCUUUGCUCCGGAGGUAGAUGCCACCAAGAAUACAAAUGGCUACUUCCCCGUCUCAGAGGCAGACUCCAACUUAUGA